UAGUAGAAUUCACGUCAAUUCAACGCGUACACCUGGAGUUCCCUCCGAUAUCCCACACACUAAAAAGGGACUAUAUAACAAAUACCCACUACUCCAUUUCACCACAAACUUCCACCUGCUUGUUAGUUGUUUCCGUCCAAGCCCAAGAGAGUCUAAAGAAUGUCUGUUUCCGGUGCAUCGAUCGUCGAAACUCGGAGGAACAAGAACGAGGGUCGAAAACGAUUUACAGACAAGCAAAUCAGCUUCCUCGAGUACAUGUUUGAGACACAGUCGAGACCGGAGCUAAGGAUGAAACACCAGGUAGCAAACAAACUUGGGCUUCAUCCUCGCCAGGUGGCUAUAUGGUUCCAGAACAAAAGAGCCAGAUCGAAAUCGAGGCAAAUCGAGCAAGAGUACAACACCCUAAAGCAGGACUAUGAGACACUGGCAUCUAAGUCUGAGUCACUGAAAAAAGAGAAUCAAGCCCUACUUAACCAGUUGGAGAUGCUAAGAGACGUAGCAGAUAGGCAUCAAGAAAACACUAGGAGGCUGGACUCCAUUGGAAACAGUAGCAGUGAAGAUUCUGAUGAUCGAAUGACCACUUCCCCAACCAAAAACGAUGCUAACAUUACGUUAGAAAGCUAUAGCCAGGAAAUUAGCGUUCCAUUUUAUGAGAAUGUUGCAUACGUUGGAGAAGAAAGCAAAUUUGUAGUCAUUGAAGAACAACUAUGCAGUGUCAAUGAUUGGGAGGAAACUACCUGCGGCUUCGAGCCAGAUGUUCCGAUGUGGUGGGAAUUCUGAAGUCGAUUAGUGAGAGAUCGUAUGUUAGAGAUAGACCGUGAAGCAGUAGAACAGAGUGUCACUCUUGUUUCUGCAGUAUACAUCACUGAAUGUAUCACCGGUAGUUAGAACACACUUGUACAUAACACCAGAUAAAUGAARAACAUCUUUGAUGUGAUGUUACCU